UACCAGAACAACAACAAUUUAAAUAUCGAUAUUCUACAAUGUCCUACGAAAAUUGGUUGAAUUAUUUAAAAAGUGCCGAAAAGAAUUCCAUGAUAAGCGGUCGUUGCCGUAAGAUCUUUUACAAAUUCCCCGAUGGUCAACAAAUGGCUGAGGAAUACAGUUUAGAUACGGGCGUUGUGCAAAAGAGAGCCUGGCGCAAAAGUAAACAACUAAUGGGUGAGCCUGAAUGGGAAGUUGAAUUGGGCGAAGAUCCUCGACAAUUGGCCGCAGUUAACGACACUAGUGAUUUACGCAACGAAGAUGGUAGCUUUACUGUUAAAAUCAGUAACACGGAACCAAUAUUAACGAAACGUAUAACAAAGAAAAAUAUCGAAUGGCGUAUUAGAAAUCUGCCCUAUAGUAUAGAGGUUUAUCAAGUCCAAGCAGACCCGGAAAAAAGAGCCAUAAUCGUGAAAACCACUAAUAAAAAAUAUUACAAAGUAAUACCUUUACAGGAUUUAGAUCGUUGUGGCUUAGUGCCAACUCAGGCAAAUAUAUCUGUACAUCAUCAGUACAAUACUUUAAUAAUAACUUAUAAAAAACCUGAACUAUUAUGCGAAAUGGAGGCGCAAGUUUUAUUGCUUUUAAAGGAGGUGGAAACUGAAACUGAUAUGGAAGAAUUAUUACAGGAUUUAUUUAAAAAAUAGUUUUUAAAACUAAUUUUGAUUUUAUUUUAAAUUUUUACUUACAUAUAACACAUAAUAAACAGAGAGAUCAUAACAAAAAAAUG